AUGUCUAACCACGACUACUACGGCGGCCAAGGGGGUGGCAAUUACAGCAACUACCCGCCACCACAGAAUCAAUACCCUCCUCAAAACCAGUAUCCUCCCUCGAAUCAAUACCCUCCAUCCAACCAAUACCCCCCAUCGAACCAAUAUCCGCCGAACCAAUACCAACCUCACGGCCAAUACCCUCCUGAACACCAAUAUGGCGGUAACCAGCACGGCGGACCACCUCCCUCCCAUUCGCCGAACCCGCACUCCUACGGCUCGCCUCCUCCGGGACAAUACCCGCCGUACCAACAACAGCACCAACAACCACCCUACGGCUCACCCUCGCCGUACCCCGGUGGCCCGCCUCCAUACUCGGCACAAGGACAAAGCUACCCGCCGUCGAACCAAUACCCACCACCCGGAGGACAACCCUGGGACCACCAGCAGCAACACCAUCAACACCAACACCAACAAUACCCACCCGCGCAACACGGGGGCAACAUCCCGCAUAACCCGAACGGCGACAAGGGUCUCGGAUCCCUAGUCGGAGGCGGAGCGCUAGGAGCAGUAGGCGCGGCGGCCGCAUCGCAUUUCCUUGGUGGUGGUUCACAUGGCCACGGACACGGUGGACACGGCGGCGGGUUCCCGGGAGGAGCAACGAUGAUGGCGCCUGCGUUUGCGGCAGGGUACGGUGGACAUAAGAAGAAUAAGAAGCAUAAGAAAGAUAAGAAGAAGCACAAGGGCCACAGUCGCAGUAGCAGCUCCAGUAGUAACAGUAGCAAGAGCAGUAAGAGCAGCUAA